AUGUCGCGCUCAGCCUCACGUCUGACGUCAUCACUCAGUCUCGACAAUCACUGCUCUGUUCUCGUGUCGAGUCCAGAGUCCGCGCGGAGACCAAAGAGCGCAUCCGAAGGCGUCCGCAUCAACUACGACCAGCAGCUCUUGCAUGAGGUCUGGCUGUCGGGACUGCGCUCGUGGAGGAACCGUCUCUCGCGCUUCGCCAACAACUUCAAGUCCGGGAUCUACCCGUCGAGCGUCGAGUUUCUCGUCACAAUCGUCGCUCUCGUCUUCUCUUCGCAUCUCUUCCUCCCUUUCGACCCCUCUUUAGGUCUCAUUCACGCCAUCGAUGCGUUCGUCGCGCGCCGGCUCUCCGCGUCGUCGUCCGUGUCGUCGUGCGUCGCGUGCGUGUCGUUCGCUGUCGUCGUGUGGCUCUUGAAGAUGCUGUCAAUGCGUUACGCUUUGAAACUGCUUCUCAUGUAUAAGCAAUGGAUGUACGAAUCGCGCGCUCACAACAAGCCCUCGACGGCCACCAAAGUCUGGCUUCUGUUGAUCCGCGCGCUGACGGCCCACAAGUCUCCGUCGCUGUACUCCUAUCAGGCGUCGUUGCCGCGCCUCCCACUGCCCCCUCUCGACCAGACCAUCGCGCGCUACCUCCAGUCCGUGCGCCCCCUCCUCGACGACACGGCGUUCGCGCGCACCACCCGUCUGGCCGAGCAGUUCCGCGACGGCGUCGGCCGCAAGUUCCAGCGCUACCUUUGGCUCAAGUCGUGGUGGGCCUCCAAUUACGUGAGCGACUGGUGGGAGGAAUUCGUGUAUCUGCGCGGACGCGCGCCGCUUAUGGUCAACUCCAACUUCUAUGGCAUCGACGCUCUCGUGACGGACGGACUGACCUCUAAGCAGACGGCGCGCGCCGCGAAUCUCGUUUAUGCGAGUCUUUUGUUCCGAAAACAAAUCGAUAGACAAGAACUAAAACCGAUUCUCGUCCAAAAUCUCGUGCCGUUGUGUUCCGCGCAAUACGAGCGCGUCUUCAACACGACUCGCAUUCCCGGCGCAGACGCGGACCGACUCUCGCACUUGACGGACUCGCCACACAUCGUGGUGCUGCACUCCGGCAAGUUCUACAAACUCACGAUUCACCACAAGGGGCGUCUCCUGCAACCCAAACAACUCCAACAACUGCUCGACCAAAUCGUCGCCGACGACGCGCCCGCCAACAACGGAGAGUCGCGUCUCGCCUCUCUCACGGCCGCCGACCGCCGCACGUGGGCCGACACGCGCCACAAGUGGUUCUCCAAAGGCAUUAACCGAAUCUCGUUGUCGGCCAUCGAAAAGGCGGCCUUCGUUCUCGUGCUCGAUUCCGAGCGCUUUGAGGCGGAAGACGCGGCGAAACUCGACCGUUACGGACAACUCCUGCUUCACGGCAACGGAAACGACCGCUGGUUCGACAAGUCCUUCAAUCUGAUCGUCGCGCGCAACGCCAGAGUCGGCUUCAAUGGCGAGCACUCGUGGGCCGACGCGCCCGUUAUGGCGCACCUCUGGGAGUUCGUCCUCCACUACGACUUCCAUGUCCUGCAGUACGACGACGACGGCAACUGUCGUCUCGGCAACGGAGUGGACGACGCGUCGCCUCCCAUUCGCCUCAAAUGGGAUUUCGCGGACCCAUUGUUGCGCGUCAUUGACGACAGCUUUCGCAACGCUCAAGCUCUGCUCUCUGACGUCGAUCUGCGGCUCUUCCGUCACGACGCGUACGGAAAGGGAUUCAUAAAGACGUGUCGCGUCUCUCCCGACGCCUACAUCCAGAUGGCGCUGCAAUUGGCCUAUUUCCGCGACCAGGGACACCUCUCGCUUACCUACGAGGCCUCUAUGACGCGCCUCUUCCGCGAGGGCCGCACCGAAACCGUGCGUCCGGUGACCGUCGAGUCUGCGCAGUUCGUGCGCGCCAUGGAGUCGCCCGACGAGAGCGCGUCCGCGCGGAGGGAGUUGUUGCGCGCGGCGUGCGGUCGCCACCAGAGGGCGUACCAGGAGGCCAUGUGCGGCAAAGGCGUCGAUCGGCACCUCUUCUGUCUUUACGUCAUUUCGCAGUACUUGGAAGUGGAGUCCGAGUUCCUGAAGCAAGUGCUGUCCGAGCCCUGGAAACUGUCCACCAGUCAGACGCCGCACGGACAGGUGGGGCUGUUGGACGCGUCAAAGAACCCGCGCCACAUCUCUGCGGGCGGCGGCUUCGGGCCGGUGGCGGACGACGGAUACGGCGUCUCGUAUAUCGUCGCCGGAGAAGACGUCGUCUUUUUCCACAUCUCGUCGAAGCGGUCGUCGAGCGCCACAGACUCCCAACGCUUCCGCCAACACAUCGACGGCGCGCUCCGCGAUCUCCGCUCUCUCUUCUGAGAUGACGUCACUCUUAGAUGCACUCAACAAUGCAAUCGCUUUUACGCAAAGAUUUUAUACUCUUUUUAAAUAAAGCUCUUAAACAAUGUU